GCUCUCAGUCGCCAGCAGCGAUCCAGGAAGCAGCGGGAGAGGCUCUCCUCUAGAGCAGGGGUUCCAGCGAUCAUGGAAGACCUCCUCUUUGUUGCAGUUAAGGUCAUGUCCGUCUGGCUCACUGUGGGGUUUACACUGAUAGUGUUGCCAUCGGUGUUCGGAGCGUCGCUGGGGAUUUCUGAAGUCUACAUGAGAAUUUUAGUAAAAACCCUGGAGUGGGCCACAAGACGAAUCCAGAAAGGAGUCAGACAGGAGCAGGCAAUGGCACUUAAGAACUCUUCUUCCAGUGGCAUCAUACAGAGAGAUGAAACCACUAUGGAGAAGGAGAUCGCGGGCCUGCACCGAGUAGACUUUGAACUCUCCGAUGUGUUCUAUUUCUCCAAGAAGGGGAUUGAGGCUAUUGUGGAAGAUGAAGUCACCCAAAGGUUUUCUUCAGAGGAACUAGUCUCCUGGAACCUUCUUACAAGGACUAAUGUCAACUUCCAGUACAUCAGCCUGCGUCUGACUGUAGUGUGGGUCCUUGGAGUCCUCAUCCGCUACUGUCUCCUGCUGCCUCUUCGUGUUACCUUGGCUGCCAUUGGGAUUGUUUCAAUGAUUGUGGGAACCACACUUGUAGGGCAGUUGCCAAACAGCAGCGCUAAAGAUUGGCUAAGUGAACUGGUCCACCUGACGUGCUCCCGGAUCCUCGUCAGAGCUCUGUCUGGUACCAUCACGUACCAUAACAAGGAAAACAGACCACAGAAAGGAGGUAUAUGUGUUGCCAACCACACGUCUCCAAUAGAUGUUUUAAUCCUGACUAACGAUGGAUGCUAUGCAAUGGUUGGCCAGGCUCAUGGGGGUCUAAUGGGACUUAUUCAGAGAUCCACCGUCAAAGCCUGUCCCCAUGUCUGGUUUGAACGUUCAGAAAUGAAAGACCGCCACCUAGUGACAAAAAGACUGAGAGAACACAUAGCAGAUAAGAACAAACUGCCAAUCUUAAUUUUUCCAGAAGGCACUUGUAUAAACAACACAUCAGUAAUGAUGUUUAAGAAAGGAAGCUUUGAAAUAGGAGGGACCAUUUAUCCAGUUGCAAUCAAGUAUGACCCUCAGUUUGGAGAUGCAUUCUGGAACAGCAGCAAAUAUGACAUCGUGAGCUACCUGUUGCGAAUAAUGACCAGUUGGGCCAUUGUGUGCAACGUCUGGUACAUGCCACCGAUGGUCAGAGAGGAAGGAGAAGAUGCCGUCCAGUUUGCCAACAGAGUAAAGUCAGCCAUUGCUCACCAAGGAGGACUGACUGAGCUUUCCUGGGAUGGAGGUCUGAAAAGGGCCAAAGUCAAAGACACUUUCAAGGAGCAGCAGCAGAAAAACUACAGCAAGAUGAUAGUAGGAAAUGGAUCAACAGGAAAUCCAUCAAUGGGAGCAGAAUCAGACUGA